CACAAAUAUGAAAUUAAUGAUUGCACUUGUGAUGAUGAUCACUUCUGUUGCUGCAACCUGAGCUAUUCUUACUAAUUCAACAGAUGGCAAGUAUAAGUUCAGCAUCAAGAUUACUCAGAAUAGAGAGGAAGAGGUUCUGUCUGAUGUAGCAUUAAGACUGACUACACCUUCAAAGGAUAGCCCUAUGGGGAGUAGUCACUAUGCCACUGGAGCAUGUAUCAAUACGGGAAGUAGUAAUUACACUCUCACUACAACAUCAACCACUUUGAGUGGAUUUGGUAUUGAAUGGCAAUGCAGCUCAGCUUGUAAUUCCUUAGACUCACUUCACCACUCUGUGAAGUUUUAUGCUGGUGCUAAUUGGGGACUAGAUACUUCUAAUAAAGCAAGCGCGAGUUCAGACUUGACUCAAUACACCUCUAUUACAGGAAAUAACACAAAUAUGACAUCUUACGAUACAUCCGUUCAUACAUUUUAUGGAUUGUCUGCAUCUCAGUUGAGAAAUCAAGUCUAUUUCCCGAACCAAACAGAAACUUGGUACAUGAAAUGAUUUGCUAAAUUCAAUCAUUCCAGUACUUUAAAUCUUGACAAUGGAAUUUCAGACCUGAGCACAACUCUUGGGAAUGAGAAUACAGUAACUGUUAAAGGAAAGAGCCACCAAGUGGCUCUUUUCUUAUAUAUAGUAGGAGUUCUCACUAUAUUCCUCGCCUAA